CACCCACUUUUUUCCCCAUCCUUGUUUCCAGAUGAAGCUGGACAAAGAUAAGUUCUCUGUCUUGCUGGAUGUGAAGCACUUUUCCCCCGAAGAGAUAAAUGUGAAGGUGGUAGGCGACUACAUCGAAGUACACGCUAAACACGAGGAACGUCCGGACGAACACGGCUACGUCUCCAGGGAGUUCCACCGUCGCUACAUGAUCCCCAAGGGAGUUGAUCCGGCAGCUAUCACCUCCGCCUUGUCUCCCGAGGGAGUGCUCUCCAUCACUGCCCCCACUAAAACCCCCGCACUGGAACGGAGCAUUCCCAUCACUUGCCAAGAAAAGCCGGCUGUCACUGGAAAAUAAAGAGAAGAGCAGCCUGGCCCAGAAUUUUUCAUAUUUUGCCCCCUAUUAGAUACCGUGAGAUAUUGUGAGCUUGGACUCCCCUUGCUUGUUAGGUACAAGGCUUGUUCACUCUUAAGCCUUUAAGGAAGUGACGUUCCUUUCCUACCCUGCUAAUGGCUGCUGGGAUGCUGACGGCGAAGACACUGUUGGCUUAAAAAUUUCAGUCCAUCUACUGGAGAAGAAGGUGUUGUUUUUCUGCCUCUGGCUAGAAACCUCUCUCUUCCUUUGCAGGCUUACUCUGUACCACAUUUCAUAUUGAACUGACUUCCUUGUAUAAAUGCCCAUUUGCAAUAAAGUGCUUUUUUGCUUAAGAGC